UUAUCGAUCGAAAUCAAAAACUGUUUAUUUACAUUAUCACCAUAAGAAAAUGAUUUCAGAAUCGGAGGGUGACAACAGUUGUGAGGAAGGACAAGACGUAGCAAGGAGGAGGCUGGAUGAAGCUUUGAUACAUAAGAAAAAACAGUUCCAGAAUUUAAGGAACAUUAAAGGAAGAACAAUAAAACGGCGAGAUACGGAUAAACAACAGAGACUUAUUGCUUUCAAGGAGUCUUACAAAGGGAAAAAAGAGGUACCUCAAAGAAACAAGCCAUGGUCGGUUCUUGAGUGGCAAAACCAUUGGAAUUUCCUUGACCAAAGACAACAGGACAAUCUAGAUCGCAAGAAGUCUCACUGCCAUUUAAGUAUUGGUUCGAAGAUUAAUGAGAUGGCUGCGGAUUACAAUGCCUCAGUAAUUUGCUUAAUCCGUUACCCCAAUGGAACUCAACACACCAAGUAUGUGUUAGUAAGCGGAGGUGGAAUUAAAUAUUCCAAAUCAAGAGACGGUGUUCUAACUGAACAACUCUGGCAUCGAUAUUGGAACAAAAAACAAAAGAAACGACAACAGUUAUGUGAGGAGAAUGGCCUGUGGCUUGAGAGAGCCAGUAAAAGAAAAAGAAAAGAGAGAACAGUGGAAAGGACAGAGAAAGAGAAAAGUAUGCAAUCAGAUUUAGAGAGACUAGAGAAAGAAGAAGACGAGGAAGUAUGGGACAAUCGAAAGGGGAAACAGAGGAAGAGAGAAAGACAAUUUGAUAAUGAGAGCGUAGAAAGUGAAGAAGAAUACAAUGAAAGAUUGGACAGCGGAAUAGAGAAUCAGAACAUAGGAAAAUCACACAACGAGACAGUAGAAAGCGAAGAAGAUAACGACGAAAGAUUGGAAAGGGGGAUAUGGAAUCAGACAAUAGAACAAACACGUAAUGAGAGCGUAGAGAGCGAUGAAGAAAAUGAUGAAAGAUUAGACAGGGGAAUAUGGAAUCAGACAACAGGCGACAAUGGGAAUAAUGAGAGAGUACAGAGCGAUGAAGAAAACGAUGUAAGUUUGGACAGGGGUAUAUGGAAUAAUAAUAAGAUUUAUAUGCAAAACAAAAAAACAAGUUUAAAAAAAUUUCUUUUUACAAAAAAGAAAAUAGGAGAAACAGGUAAUGUAGAAAGCGAAGAAGAAUACGACGGAAGAUGGGACAAAGGAAUAGGGAGUCAGAAAAUAAGACAAUCAGAUAACGAGAGCGUACGAAGAGAAGAAGAAAACUUUGAAAUAUGGGGGGGGGGGAAAUGGGGGAACAGGUAACAAAUAUAUACAAAAUAGAAUUCAAAUUUCAAAGAUUGUUUGUUACAACAUAACAAGGGUACAAAGCAAACAGACAAUGACACUUUUGAAAACGAAGAAGAAGACGAGGAAGGAAGGAGCAAAGGCAUGGGAAAACAGAAAAAAGAAGGAAGGGAAUCAGAUAAUGAAAUAGUACAAAACGAAGAAGAAGACGAGGAAGGAUGGGACAAAGAAAUGAAAAAACGGAAAGAGGAAAGAAGGCAUCCGUCGACUGAGGCUUCCGAGGCCAGCGAGACGGUUGCUGCUGAGGCUGAAUCGUAUGAAAUCACGGUCAAAGCGAAUCAAUCAUUCGCGGACAGAAUCGGGGCGGUUACGCGUUCAAAAUUGGCAAUUGAAAAUAGAGAUCCUAAAUUGGCACAAUUGCCUCAUGUAAAAAUAAACCGUCUGCCGUCAUCUAUUGCUCACCAGGAAAAAAGAACAGAAACAGGAAGAGGAGAAGGAAGAGGAUCAGGAAGAGGAUCAGUAUCAGGUUCAGGAACAGGUUUAGGAACAGGAACAUGUACAGGAAGAGGAAGAGGGAGAGGGAGAGGAACAGGAACAGGAAAAGGAAGAGGAACAGGAACAGGAACAGGAACAGGAACGGGAACAAGACGAGUAGGAAGACCACGAAAAGAAGAAAAACGUUUGUUGAAGCAGUAAAAUUAACAUUGUGCGUACUUUUUGUGUAUGUUUAAAAAUAACUGGCAGUAACCUAGUCCUUAUUUUGAUAUUAAUCCGGUCAGGCAAGAGGAAUACAACGAAUUCAGAAGCAGAA